UUUUUUUUUUAAUAUCAUCAUGGAUUCUGGACUAUUGGCACAAAUUCAAAAGGGAAAAAGUCUCAAAAAGACUCAAACAAAUGAUAGAUCAGCUCCAAUGAUUUCUGGUGGAGGUUCUAAACCAAGCGGUACAUCACCCGGUAUGGCAAGACCUCCUCCUAUGAUACCGAGUUCUCAUACAAGUUCCUCUUCUUCUACUCCUGCUGUCAGUAGUGCUCCUCAAUUAGGUGGACUUUUCUCUCAAGGUAUGCCAACUUUACGAAAAACAAAAGGAUCUGCCAUCUCUACUGGUCGAGAAUCUCCCCCUAAUGUUUCUCCUCCAUCUCACGUACCUUCAGCACCUCGACCACCUACAUUCAAUAAACCUUCUUCAGGUAGUCAUACUUUACCACGAUCAUUUAAAGCACCCCCACCCAUUCCUGGAAGAGCAUCUCCACAAGUACCAUCAGGUGCUCCACCUCCUCCACCACCACCUCCUCCUGCUCCUCCAGCACCAUCCAGUCCUCCAGCACCAUCUACUCCUUCAAUACCUUCGACAAGUCAUGUUUCAUCCUUAGUCCCUCCAGUACCAGGUAGAUCAAGAUCAAAUAGUUCUCCACAACGUCCAAUACCCCCACCACCGCCAAGAAGUGUUCCUUCACCUCCUUCAAGUCCAGCCAAACCAAUCUCUUCUGUUCGUCCUCCUCCUUCUCGUCCUGCUUUUCCAAAUCGAUCUAUCCCAGCACCACCUCCAACUAACAAUAACAAUCAACGUGGUCUUAUUGUUCCUCCUCCUUUACCACCAGGUCGACCUCGCUCAGCAUCUACUACUUCACAACAAGAUACUUCUGUACCACCACCACCACCGCCACCACCACCUCCAGUUACUUCAGCACCCUCAGCACCCUCAGCACCCCCUAUGCCAGUAUCCAAUCGAUUUCCUCGUCCAACUGCACCUCCAGUACCUUCUAGUUUUACCAAAGGUGCUUCUAUCACUCCUCCUAGAUCUCCAUUACCUCCAGUCCCUGGCAAUAGAACAUCAUAUCAACCAUCACUCACUGAGUCUAAUGGUAAAUUCCAAUUCCGGGCCAUCUCUACAUUCCCUUCGCCAAGACAACAUCAAACAACAAGACAUGUGUAUCCUAGUGGUGAAACUCGUGGCAAUGGUAAAUGACAAAAUAAAAGUGGAAUGAUGUAUUUACCUUUUUUUUUAUUAUUUAUUUUAGCUUACCCUUUAGAUAUUACCAAUCUCCGGGGAUAAGUGAUGUAGAAUAAUCCUAUGAUAGACAUUAUUUUUUUUUCACUUUUUUAUUAUUAUCCAUUUCAAAAAUCAAUAAAACAUAAAAAAAUACUACUCAGUCAA